UUGCUAAAACCGGAGUUCCUCAACUCCAGGAUUCGGAGGGAACGGUUGCCGGCCGUUGGUAGAAUGAAAAAUUUCCACACAUAAAAAGGCCGACCGCGGACCCUCUCUCCAACCCUCUUCGCAGCCACCAUCGCUAUAGACUCCAAAUCUCGCCUGAGAAAUGGAUCAAAGCGAGGGGAUCUCCGUGAAGGUUCAAGACGAAGGCUCGUACCCGAUUUCUCCGAGGUCAGGCUCGUACCCGAUUUCUCCGAGGUCAUCCACGGUCCACGGUGGCCGGAAGCGGCGAGCCGUGGCCAAGGGAGUCCAGAACACCCUCUCCAAGACUUCGAUGCUGGUCAACUUCCUUCCAACUGGCACUCUCCUCACCUUUGAGAUGCUCCUCCCCUCGGUCUCCGGCGACGGGUCCUGCUCCCCUGUCAGCACCACCAUGAUCAACGCCCUCCUCGGCCUCUGCGCCUUCACUUGCUUCUUCUUCCACUUCACCGAUAGCUUCCGCAGCCCCGACGGCAAGGUGUAUUAUGGGGUCGUGACACCGAGGGGAUUGGCCCUCUUCAAGACCGGCCUCGGCGUCGAGGUCCCCAAGGAUGACCGGUAUCGGAUGGGAUUUGCCGACUUGGUGCAUGCGCUCAUGUCGGUGAUGGUGUUCGCGGCGAUCGCCUUCUCCGAUCAGAGGGUUACCAACUGUCUGUUCCCGGGGCACAGGAAGGAGAUGGAUGAGGUGAUGGAGAGUUUCCCGUUGAUGGUGGGAGUUGUAUGCAGUGGCUUGUUCCUGGUGUUUCCCAAUACAAGAUAUGGCAUUGGGUGCAUGGCCACCUGAUCAACGUCAAACACACCGCGACCGGAUUACUGGUUGUACAGUAUUAUUAUUUCAGUGUUUGAUGAACUAAUUGUCUAACAAUUUGAAGCCUUGGAGUGCUUCAGUUCACAAUCUUGUGUUGGGCAUGAAGUCUCUUUAUCUUUUC